AUGAAGUUGUUUAUUUUAGUUUUGCUAUUUUCUAUCAUUGAUGCUCAUGAUUCUUUGAAUUCUAUAUAUCAAGAUUAUAAAUGUCGUUCCAAUAGACUUAUUGAUAUAUCUGAAAGUUUUGAUUCAAAUAUUGUAUGGGUUUUAACUCAAGAUUGUUUUUUAUUUUUGAAACUUGAUUGGCAAAUGAAAUAUUUCAUUAAAAAAGGAUUAGAUUUUACCAAAAUAUGGAAUAAUAAUUGUACUUUAUAUACAAAAGAAAGUAAGAUGUUUAUCAAUGUUGUGAAUAAUCAUAUUUACAUUACUCGUUUUUAUUAUACAUUAUUAGAAGAAUUAGAAGCUAUAGUUAAUCGAAUAAAUUUUAUAAAACUUUUACAUCAAAAAGAUAUUGAAUAUAUUAAAAUAAAAACUUUUACUACUGAUACACAUGAACAUCAUGAUUAUAUUGAAACACUACCAGUAUCAGUUAGUACAACAAAUUUACCCAUAGAUUGUAUUGUAUUACAUAAAAAAACAAUUGAAUUAAAAUGUUUAAAAAAAGAAUUUGAUACUUUAUCUUUAUUAUCAUAUACUGUAACAUCAAAAAACAAAUUUGAAUUAAAGACAAAAAAAAAAUUAAGAAAUAUUAUAAGUGAGGAACAAUAUAAAUACAAAUUAUUUUUAAAUUAUGAUAAACUUUUUCUUAUUUUGUCACAUAAUGAAAUGAAUACUUUUGUUUUAAUUAAUGAAAUAAUUGAAAAAGAUCAAACAUCUAAAGAAAAAUCACAUCAAAAUUUUAUUGCAAUGCCAAGUUUUAACAAAAAAUUUUUUUUUAGUAAUAUUAUAUCAACAAUAAAUAAUGUUGGAUUGACAGUAAAUUAUUGUAAUAAGCAUGACAAAACUGAUAAAGAUAUUUUUAAUUGUAAAACAUUUUUUGUUAAAGGAGAAAUUUUUACAAAAAACUCAGUUUGUGUUUAUAAUUUUUUAUUUAACAAAAAAUUUGUUUCUUUAAGUGGUUUAAUUCCUUUAAAAAAUUUUAAAAGAACUCCUACAACAUUAUAUAGAAAAAAUGAAUGUAUAAAUGAAAUUUUUAAUAUAUCAAAAGAUGAAAUAAAUUAA